GGGUCCGGGGCUCGGAGCGCGGCGGCAGCGGAGCCGCGCGAUGGCUGCAGCGCUGGGGCUGGGGCUGCUCCUGGGGGUUCUGGGGCUCCUGGGGGAGCCGGCGGGCGCGAACAAAGUUCUCCACUCUCUGCGUUACCUGUAUGUGGCGGUGUCAGAGCCCGGCCCAGGGAUCCCCCAGUUCAUGGCCAUGGGGUCCGUGGAUGGGAUCCCCUUCGCACGCUACGACAGCGACCGGGGUCGGGCGGAGCCACUUGCACAGGGGAUAAAGCAUGGAGCUGAGCCAGGAUUUUGGGAUAGCGUGACCCAGGUUGUUGUGCAGAGGCAGCACAAUGCUCCUGUGAACCUGGAGACACUGCGGGUCCGGUACAACCAGAGCAGGGGUCUCCACACAGUGUUGACAGUUUACAGCUGUGACCUCCUGUCUGACGGGAGCGUCCGUGGAUCCUUCCGGCGUGGCUAUGACGGGCGGGAUUUCAUCUCCUUUGACCUGGGAUCCCGGAGAUUUGUGGCGGCCGAUGCCGUUGCUGAGAUCACCAGGAGGCACUGGGAAGAUGAAGAGAACCAGGCUGAGGUUUGGACAAAUUACCUGAAGCACGAGUGCCCGGAAUGGCUCCGGAAAUGCGUCCGAUACGGGCAGAAGGAGCUGGAGCACAAAGAGCCCCCUGAUGUCCAUGUGUCAGGGAAAGAGGAACACGGGAUGCUGAUCUUGUCCUGCCACGCCUACGGAUUCUACCCCAACACCAUCACAGUCAACUGGAUGAAGGGAGAUGAAAUCUGGGAUCAGGAGACGGAGUGGAGUGGGAUCCUUCCCAACAGUGACGGUACCUUCCACACCUGGGCCAGGAUUGAGGCGCUGCCGGAGGAGCAGGAGCAGUACCGGUGCAGGGUGGAACAUCCUGGAAUGCUGGAGCCCGGGAUCUUCACUUGGGAGCCGACAUCUGGCGGGAAUCUCACCGUGGUGGUCGCUGUGUGUGUCAUCGCUGCCAUCCUUGUCAUUGCCCUCACUGGAUUCAUUGUCUGGAGGCUCCAAUCCGGGAGGAGGGACAGGGAUGGAUACAACAUGGCAGCCGGAAGAGAUGUGGGAACCAAUGGCUCAACCACACGAAUCACCGCCUGAGCAAUCCAUGGAGCUGGAUCCAGCCCCUUUCCUCUUCCCAGGAAAGCUGAGAGUUCCUGGCAGAGCUCAUCCCACUGCUCCCACCUGCAGCCAUUGCUACUGAAUCCAUUUCCUGUUUUCCAAUGUUUUAAAGCCAAGAACCACAAAGAUUCCCAAUGCUUUCCUUCUGGUAUGAAACUGAUGCCUUAAGAAGGCUGACCUGAGACAGAGACUGGACAGAGCUAGAAAAUUAGUUAUUUAUUGAAAGGCCUCCAGGAUCCACCUUGGGCAAGGCAGGAGCCUGACCAGGGCUCACCCAGGGCGGCCACCAAAGAAAGAUGGCAUUGGGGUCACAAGAUGUUACAUUUUUAUAAAUUUUGGUCUAUUUGCAUAUUGGGGUUUAAUUGUCCGAUUACAGCUUCAGGUUGUGAGGUCCCAUCCUUCUUGUUCCUCCCUUCAGUCCACCGUGGUUUGUGCUUUUGGACUGAAAGUUGUCCUUGGUCUCCAGCAGGAAAAGGAUUUGUUUUGCCUCCCUACUCUGUGAAGAGAGCUUACUGGCACUUAAUAUGAGGCUCAGAGCUACAUCCCUAGGCAGCAGAGAAUCUGAAAAUAUGAAAGCUAAUGCUUAAGGCAUCACUUCCCCCCUUUAGAGGCUUGACAAGGCCUUUUCCUUGUCAAGUGUCUAUUCCAAAUAUUUACUAACAACAGGUAUUCAAUGACAGAUACGUGUCUAACAGUAGUAAACAACUAACAAGAAUAAAAAUCUAACCAUAGGUAAACAUCUAUUAAUAGUAAGCAUCUGACACUAGUAAAUAUCUAAUAAUAGAUAAAUAUGUAGUAACAAUAAAAUAAUGGACAACAGUAGAAACAUUUAGCAAUAGUAAUGUCUUGUAUAGUUAGGUAUCAGGCAAAGAAGAAUAAUGAUUAUUUGGCACAGUUCUACAAGUACAGAGGGGAAAUGAUUUAAAGCAUUUAAAGCAUUGGUUUUUGUCCUAGGGUAACUUUAUGAUGCUUGUAUCCCCAAUCGUCUGUUCUGUUUGUGCUGUAUAUUGAGUCCUGUGCCUUUAAGACUGGUUCUAAGAGCAAGGAGAAGUGUGGAGUUUGUUUUGAGAAAACUGCCUGACUCCUACACAUUCUGCUGCGGACGGGGUGUUCGGCGGAGGCUUGGAGAGACUGCAGGACAGAGAUCUUUUUUUUUGCUUUUAGUUAGUUUCAGCUAGCUAGGGCAGAGAAGUUCCCUAGACUGUUUUUUUCCUUUUUCUUGGAACUGUUUAAACCUGCUCUGGACUGAAAACCGAGGGGAGCACUGGGGGCUUCACCUGCGGCCCACUGGGGCCUGGACCUCGGCAUUUUCCAGCAGUGCCGGAGGGACUGGGACUGAGGAGAGACUGAGAGAGAGAGCCAAGCUACACCCACGGCAAGGACUUUCUCAAUUUGCCAUCUCACUUCAGAAGGAGAGGUUUUAUUGUUUCAUAUUAUUCAUUCUUUAUACUUGUAUGCACUUCAUUUGUUUAGUAAAAUAGUUUUUUCCACUUUUCUCCAAAGAGGUUUUUUACCGGACCGGUUGGAGGGAGGGGCCACUUGGGCUUGCUUCCUUAGGGGGAUCCUCUACAGGGGAUCUACAGGGGUUUUCUCCCAAAUUUGUCCCAAACCAGGACAUACUUCUAACUGGUGCCCAACGUGGGGCUCGAGAGAGUAGAAAAAACUUGUAUUGAUUAUUAUUAACUGCAUUUUUUUGGUUAUCCUUUGGGUGGGGAUUAAACAGUCAGUGGCCAUGUUGCUUCUUGAAUUCCUAAUGUCUCUUAGAAUGGAGUCUUUUCUGCAUUUCUGUUCCCUAGGCUUUUUUGAAGUCUUAAUACCUUUCUGGUCCCUAGGUUUGUUCUCUUACCCAGAAAUAGCUCCAAUAUUAUCCCUAACAUACAGCUUUUACACUAGGGAUGCACAAAUUAGAAUAGUUAUUUUGCUGGGUUCAGUGAUUAUAGUUUAUAAGAAGCUUAUAAAGAUACUGGAGUUUGUUCUGGGUAUGUUCAGUUUAUGGUUUUUUCAUCCUACCCUGCGUCCUAGUUCCAGCAGCAUGUUUUGGGGAUUUAUCAACAAUUGCACCCAGUUUGUUAGAGGAGGAGUAGGGGAUGAGGCCCUUCAGCCUCUUCUUUCCUUCUUCUCUUUUGAUUCAGUUACAUCACUUUUGGAGAAUGUUCAGGGUCUCCUGAACAUUAAAGACACCACCUUCCUAGUAUUUCAUCUGGUGACUUUCCUCUAUAUAGUUUAUAGCUUUUCUAGAAUGAGUCACACACUGCUAAACACUGUAGGGCAGCAGGUAGAGGCAAGGGAGCAGGGAGAUAAAUCAGUCACUCAGGCUGCAGCCAAUCCCACAGCAAUGUGUCCACCAAAACAACAAGCAACUAAAUCAAGCUGCAAAAAUAAAAAUGUCAAAAAUAGACUUAGAUUAGCAACACAAAAAAGAGUUGUUUCUAGCUCAAUAAGCCCAUAAUGCCUCAAGCCAUCAAAGCAAAAAUGCCACCUACAAGUAAGCACAAGACCGAAAAGUAAAUCUAACCAUAAACAGUAUUUCUCAAGUUAUCCAUAACUGUAAAACAUGUGCUGCCAUCAAGCAAGCCAAGCAAGUGAAGCUGCUAUAGUAUAGCGGGCGAUAGUCCAAGUAUAAGUACAGAGAAGCCUAGCAAAUUAACUACAUCACCCUUCCCCAAACCCGCCAAAGCAAGCGCUACGUGCUCACAGUAGUAAAAGCCACCACAAGAUAGCUAGAGACCUACCCUGUGCCUCACACUACAGCCUGUAACACCAUUCUAAGCCUUGAAGAACAAGUUCUUUAAAGGCAUAAUACCCCUAAGAGAAUUAAGUCAGACAAUGGAACUCAUUUCAAGAACAGCCUCAUCAACAACUAAACAAAAAAACAUAGCAUUAAGUAAGUGUACCAUAUCCCCUAUCAUGCAUGUAUGUGUGUGUAGAGCUAGAGUAUAUAUAUUAGUUUUAGUAAAUUAACGAUAUGUGGAUAAGGGGUGGAAUGUCCUAGGGUAACUUUAUGAUGCUUGUAUCCCCAAUCGUCUGUUCUGUUUGUGCUGUAUAUUGAGUCCUGUGCCUUUAAGACUGGUUCUAAGAGCAAGGAGAAGUGUGGAGUUUGUUUUGAGAAAACUGCCUGACUCCUACACAUUCUGCUGCGGACGGGGUGUUCGGCGGAGGCUUGGAGAGACUGCAGGACAGAGAUCUUUUUUUUGCUUUUAGUUAGUUUCAGCUAGCUAGGGCAGAGAAGUUCCCUAGACUGUUUUUUUCCUUUUUCUUGGAACUGUUUAAACCUGCUCUGGACUGAAAACCCAGGGGAGCACUGGGGGCUGCACCUGCGGCCCACCGGGGCCUGGACCUCGGCAUUUUCCAGCAGCGCCGGAGGGACUGGGACUGAGGAGGGACUGAGAGAGAGAGCUGAGCUACACCCACAGCAAGGACUUUCUCAAUUUGCCAUCUCACUUCAGAAGGAGAGGUUUUAUUGUUUCAUAUUAUUCAUUCUUUAUACUUGUAUGCACUUCAUUUGU